AUGAGUCCUAUUCAACUUUUUGUGUUCACGAAAGUGAGUCGGUCAGUUUAUUCAACAAAAGCGAAUGAGGAGGAGCAAGAAAGUAUAGAUUUAUCAGAGACAGAGGCACACGCCAGAGAAAUCGACAAUCAACUAGAGCGCGAACAUCCUCUGUGCCAAACUUACCCUUUAACAAACAUCGAACUACUAUAUGUAUUCGUUGAUGAUUCUAAUAUUUUAGUUGAAGGAAAGUACGUUGUUGCAGUUCUUGAAAAUCUGGAUAAUCGGAUACAAUGUAUGGUAUUCGAAAAGGAAGUUGGUGUAGCACUAGCGCAUGCAAUUGAUGAAGUAAUUUUCACCAAAAAUCCUGGUAUAUUGGCGAUAAUCUCUGAAGAUGAUAGCUAUUAUCCAAUAGUAACGACUGCCAUCAAACGUAAUUGGAUAGUUGAAACUUGGUUCUGGAAUUCGAGAAUGUCCGAUAAACUUAAGAAUAAGACAAUUUUUACACCUUUAGAUUAUUACUAUAAGUCAUUCGCUUAUGGUUUUGGACCCGACAUCACAAUGAACAAUCGAAUUCUUGAGGUUACUGGUCAUACAUUUCGGAGAUGGGAGAACAAAGAAAUGAUGGAUGUAUUCAUUCCUUUAAACGUAUUCGGUUGUGGAACCGGAUAA